GCCGGGGGUGGGGGCGGGGCCUGGGCCGGGGCCUGGGCUGUCCCGCCCCGCCCCGCUCGGGGGGCGGCGGAGGCCCCUGGCCGGGCCAGGCUGAGGUGAGCUGAGCUGGGCGGGCCGGUCGCGUGCCGUUGCAGCCACCACUACUUCAAGUACUGCAAGAUCUCGGCGCUGGCGCUGCUGAAGAUGGUGAUGCACGCACGCUCGGGCGGCAACCUGGAGGUGAUGGGGCUGAUGCUGGGCAAGGUGGACGGCGAGACCAUGAUCAUCAUGGACAGCUUCGCCCUGCCCGUGGAGGGCACUGAGACGCGCGUCAACGCACAGGCGGCUGCCUACGAGUACAUGGCGGCCUACAUAGAGAACGCCAAGCAGGUUGGUCGUCUAGAAAAUGCAAUUGGCUGGUAUCACAGUCACCCUGGCUAUGGCUGCUGGCUUUCAGGGAUUGAUGUCAGUACUCAGAUGCUUAAUCAGCAAUUUCAGGAACCCUUUGUAGCAGUGGUUAUUGAUCCAACACGAACGAUAUCGGCUGGAAAAGUAAAUCUUGGAGCAUUUAGAACAUAUCCCAAGGGCUAUAAACCUCCAGAUGAAGGUCCUUCUGAGUACCAGACUAUUCCACUUAAUAAAAUAGAAGACUUUGGUGUGCACUGUAAACAAUAUUACGCUUUAGAAGUCUCCUACUUCAAGUCAUCUUUGGAUCGUAAAUUGCUUGAGCUGUUAUGGAACAAAUAUUGGGUUAACACCCUCAGUUCUUCUAGUUUGCUUACUAAUGCUGACUAUACCACUGGCCAAGUCUUUGAUUUGUCUGAAAAGUUAGAACAGUCGGAAGCCCAGCUUGGGCGAGGAAGUUUCAUGUUGGGAUUAGAGACGCAUGACAGAAAAUCAGAAGACAAACUUGCUAAAGCAACAAGGGAUAGCUGCAAGACCACCAUAGAAGCUAUACAUGGAUUGAUGUCUCAGGUUAUUAAGGAUAAACUUUUUAAUCAAAUAAAUAUUGCUUGAAGUGCAUCACCAAUUGAUAUAAAUCUCCAGCAUAGAACUAGUUAUGGUUCUUUCUUUCAUUUGGACUUGUUCAGUUUUGGAAUUAAAGUCAGAGUGGAAAAAUAUUCAGUUAAUUUGUAGUACUUUAAAUAUUUCCCAUCUUUUUGCCCAGUUUUAAAGAACAAGAUGUCCUGAAAUAUGUUGCAACUGUUCUCUACCAUCAGACACAACCACUUUGGAUAAUUGCUCCAAAAGAAGAAGAAAAAAUGUAACUUGCUUGGUGUUAUCCUUUAGUAUUUAUCUCUCUUAUCAAUCUACAAUAAAAAGCUGUUUUAAAAAUGAA